CACCUCCCUCCACUAAGAAGGCACUCACCCCUAAGUGGCGGGAGGAACACUGACUGAAAGGGGGACAGGGUUCCCUGAGGGUCCUGAGCAGCCAGGGGGAAAGGCAGAAGAGAUGGGCAUGAGCUCAGGAUUCCACAGUUGGUGCUGAAAAGAAAUGCUUAUAGGGGUGUUGCAGGAGCCGAAACAAAAGGUCUUAGAGCCUCCAUAAUGCUCUCUGGGGGAGAAUCACCCGUCUCCUAAUUUUAACCAGUACGUGAGGGACCAGGGCGCCAUGACUGACCAGCUGAGCAGGCGGCAGAUCCGUGAGUACCAGCUCUACAGCCGGACCAGUGGCAAGCACGUGCAGGUCACCGGGCGUCGCAUCUCUGCCACCGCGGAGGACGGCAACAAGUUUGCCAAACUCAUAGUGGAGACGGACACAUUUGGAAGCCGUGUGCGCAUCAAGGGUGCUGAAAGCGAGAAAUACAUCUGUAUGAACAAGAGGGGCAAGCUCAUCGGAAAGCCCAGUGGGAAGAGCAAGGACUGCGUGUUCACAGAGAUUGUGCUGGAGAACAACUACACGGCCUUCCAGAAUGCCCGGCACGAGGGCUGGUUCAUGGCCUUCACCAGGCAGGGUCGGCCCCGCCAGGCUUCCCGCAGCCGCCAGAACCAACGAGAGGCCCACUUCAUCAAGCGCCUCUACCAGGGCCAGCUGCCCUUCCCCAACCACGCUGAGAGGCAGAAGCAGUUCGAGUUUGUGGGUUCAGCCCCCACCCGUCGGACCAAGCGCACUCGGAGGCCACAGCCCCAGACGUAGUCAGGGACACUGGGGGCAGCUGCCCCUCACCAGCCUUCCCAUCCCCUUCCCCUCCUAAUCCCAAGACUGGGCUGGGGUGGAGGGAGGGGAGUCAGAGCCCCCAAGGAGGACCCUGAGGACCUAAAAGCAUCAGCGCCUCAAGCCAAAAGGGGCAGGACUGCCACAGAGCAGGGCUGGGGCCUCAGGGCCGCGGCCUCAGACCCCAC